UUUGUUACACGCUGCAGCUGUAGCUGGAUCUCUAUCAUGCUGGCACUGGGCUCUUGAACUGGUCAAGUCAAGUAAUUAGUUACAGUUCAAUAGUCAGUUGUUUUGGCUUUUGCAAGCAAUCUGGGUUGUGUUGAUGCCAGCGAAGCUAGUAUCUCCGGGUUUCUCGUUUUCAAAUCGACCUUCCAAGUAUGUCGUCGCUGAGGUGUCAAUCGCAGCCAUCGUUGAUAGACAGCAUGCGAUGCUUGGCCGCUGACAUAGACACGUCAUCAUGUACCAUCACCAAACACUGCACCUACCAGGAGGAAUUUCUCUUACAGUUUGUUCCACCGAACGUGGCCCCUCCGUUGUCGGCUAUUGCUGCGCCUACAACUCGUGGCUACGUACUGGCCUCUUCCUACGUGCCAACGGACGGCGAGGACACGGACAGGCCGGAGCGUCAUCAAGUUGCUGGCUUGCAAUCUCCUGUGACCAUUGUCCAGUGUGGUGGUGGUGGUAGUGCUGCUGCUGCUGCAAAGGACGGCGAUCGGUUGCAGUGUAUGCCAGAGCUGUGGCAUGCUGCGAAGCAGUCAGAUCAGCGUGUGCAUGUAUCAACGCCAUUGAGCAGUGCGGCACUGUCACCGUUGACAGCUGACGACGCACGGUAUUUGAUGUCAGAAUAUUCCAGCACUCUGCGGCCUGGCAAUGAAGCUCUCCCGCCGCUGUGGGUGUUGUGUAGCCCAUCCAAGCCCACACAGCUUCUGUGGCUAGCUGGCCAGUGUAAGCUGAAGGCUGGCGAUACAGAGCAAAGUGACUCCUCGCCACCUCCAUCUGUCGUGCCCCAGCUACUGUCUUGUCGCUUUCUCGGCACAAUUCUGCGCCCGUCAUCGUUGCUCGACAGUCCGACGUCGUUCUACGCUUUGCCUUCGUUGCACAAGUUGCUUUCGCACGGUUGUGUCCCGCUGGACGUUGAUGGUGGCCUUGAUAUGCAGGAGCGAUGUGGCCUGUUCACAGCCGAGUACGAGAUCAUCGGCAGUCUAUCUAACUCCACAUCGGAGAUGUCCAUGGACACAUCGAUGCUGGACGAGGCGGAUCUCGGCGGCAGUCUGCUUGUGGUACGCUACAGCUGGGAACGCUCAUCCACCGUCCUGUGCUAUCCAACAUCGGCAGCGUCAUGUUGUGUGCUCGUCCGUGCCGUGAGCAAGGAUUUGAGAUCACCAGCCGCCCGCCUUCUGCGAGAGCUCAAUCAGCUUGAGGCAUGGGUGCAGUUGUUUGGCUUGGAGGACAGCUCUGCCAGGGUCGAGUGGCGGCAAGGUGACUCGGCCGCUGAGACAGCCGUGGACCGCACGGCAGGGUUUCUGCAAAAGGUGCAAACCUGCACAGCCGAGGACCUGAUGCAAUGGCGUCCGGACGAAGGCCGGCAAGCGGACCUGGACGCAAUCAGCAGUCACAUGCUACCGCUGAGACAGGAUCUGGACUUCACACAGCUGUUCUGGCUGCUCGCCAAAGAUGCUGUCAGCAUCAAGGAUGUGUCUCGCUGUCUGCUGCAAGUGUCACGCUGUCUGUUCAAGCAGGAGAUCCAGCCAAUGGUGUACCGGGAGAACAUCACCGCCCUGGCUGAUCUGGUGCGUCAGUGUCUGCAGUGUACUACGCAGGACCAGCUCACGCAGGUGUCUGCCAACGUGCUCAGUGCAACGGGGUCCAGUCUUCUCCGAGCCCUGUCCGUCCUCUUGCAGACGGGAUUCUACAAGCUGGAGCGCGACUUUGUCCACUUCUUUGUCAGUGAAGAGCUCGCAACUUGGAAUCAACUGGCACCGUUCUUAAUCACAUCCUUCCCGCCGGCGUCUUCUCUUGAGCAGACGCAGGGCGAGGUGUUUGCCUGGUUCUGUCGCCAGUCCGAGCGGUUACGCGCUCUCCACUGCUGCCUGGAGCUGGUCAUGAUGUGCCGCGUCUAUCUCAGUCUGCCGUCGGACAGUUUGCGCAUGCUACUCAGGACGGCCCUGGAGUAUUAUGCCAAACAUAGCUACAAGGAUAUGCCAGUCUUCUGCCUCUCUCUUGCCAAGAAUGCCAAGGACUGCCUGGAGAUCUGCACCAGGAAUUUGCCCAGCAACUGGUCAUGCAGCGUCACGUCACGAGGUAGCCGUACUGUGCUGCAGCUAUCAACUUCACCGCCGCACGCCAGCCUUGAGGAGGAUGAAGUUCAGAUGGCGGACGGCAAGGCUCUCACCUGUUUCUACGUCACACAGAGUGUGGUACCUGCAUAGUCUGCAGCAGCGUGCUUCAGGCUACAUCCGUCCACAGUCCAUCAGGGGACCCAGCCAACUGCUAUGACAUCGAUAUGGGUGUAACACCUGUGAUUUCCUGCCUACUGCAAAGUAACAUCACCUCCGUCACCCAUUGGUCUUGGAUGCUGUUUCUGAUUUGAGAUUCUGGCCUGCUCCCUUCUACUGAUUGUUAUCCAAUACAACACUUCUGAAGGCCUCAGUAAGGAGCACACAGAUAACCAUGUUCAUUUACAGCUGCAAACAGAGAGGCUGACAGAACAUGGCAACUGCACUUGCCCGCUUGAACACAGCCUGAACUAUUGUAGCGUUGCCAUAUGCCAGCAACACGUAGCUCUGGAGUAUUCUUGUGUUGUGUAUAUUGUGAAAGCACAUGGUCUCUGCCGCAAAUCUGGCUAACUUUACUUCUUUUUUUUACAUGGUCUCUUGACAAGGACAACUCUUUUAUUUGUAAGCAUUUUUCUAUCUUAUUCCUAUUGUUAGAUGACAUGCGUUCUGUUGGUGUUGCUACUUGCCAGCCGGCCCUGUUGCUGCGGCACCGCUUGUUAGCUGUAGAUGCUGCUGCUGAUAAUGAUGAUGAUGAUUGUCACAUAUCUUGUUAUUUUUUACUCUGUGCACUCAUGUGUUUCUGUGUGUGUGUGUGUUAACGUGUGUUGAUUUUGCCUCAACGAUCGUUGCGGUACGACGUCACCUACCAGGUUCUUGUUUUGCUCAUGCAACACGCAUUUUUUUCAAAAUUCAUGAUUUCCGUGCACCUUUGUGACAUUCAGAUACCUGUAUGUAGCAGGACUGUCCGACAGGAUUGAUGCCCAUGUGUUGCUAGUAAUUGAGUUUUCAUCUCUCUUUAUUCUUCUCAAUGAUUACUAGUCAUUUGUAGGGAAAAAUCCGUUUACUCAGUGGGUUUUUUUCAUGUUGUUUGCUUCUUUUUUCGUGUUCUUUUCCAAGUGGACAUGUGCUCUCUCGUCCUUGCUCUGGCGGGCCUCUUCAUCUUGAUGAGUGUUUCAGUCGAAAUUGAACACCUCCAACAUUGUUGUUUUUUGUA